AUGGAGACAAAUCCACCAACCUCUGAAUUAAUGUCGCCGGUCCGUAGUUUCCCAAACCGGUUCUUUUGCAGCUACUUCCAAAACGAUGAUGAAUUUAAUGCUCCAGCCCCUGUUAGAUCCCCGGAUGUUGUGGUAUCCAACAAUUUCAUGAACAACGCGUUUAAUGAUGACCAGGUUAUGGAUACUGAAGAAGCAUCCCAAGAUUCCCAGAUGGAGGCCAUGACUCUUGCUGUUUCUGGAUCAUCUCAUGGUCCUUCUAUGUUUGCUGAAUCAUCACGCGGCCAGUUAAACGAUCCUUCGAAUCCAUACUUUGUUUUUGAUACCCCUCAGGGAACCCGUUACUGGAUUCCUAAUGUCGCUGAUAAGUUCAUACCAGUGUGUGGCAAAACUUAUCCAACCUUUCAGGAUGUUCUUUCCAUGUAUGAACUUUAUGCGCUUGAAGCAGGUUUUUCUGUAAAAAAAGGGCAAACUAAAGUCUGGAAUGGAAUUCCCACACACAAGUAUCUCCGAUGCUCAAAAUAUGGAAAACCCCAACCAAAGAGGACUUUUGACACCCUAGAUGAAUCUUCUGUUAAGCACCGGAGGACCACCUUCACAUGGUGUGACUGUAAGGCAAGCAUACUAGUCUCGAUCUCGAACGAUUCAUACACAGUUCUGAGUUUCAAUGAUAUUCAUAAUCAUGAACUUGUUGAGAGUUACAACCGUGAUCUUAGCAAGAUAUCACGGAAACUGUCAUUCUCCACGAAACAAUUCAUUCAUAACAUGAGUCUAAACCGCAUCGGACCAAUGAGGUCUUAUAGAUGUCUUGUAGCUUUAAAAGGAGGGCAUCACAAUGUCAAUGGGACACCGGUCGAUUUUAAAAACUUUAGCCACCAGCUGCGAAUUUUUAUUGGUGAACGCGACGCACAAGUUUUCCUUGAACGCUUGCGUGAGCGUUAUGACAACCUACCCAACUUCUUUUUUGAUUACACUGUAUCAAACGGAAAGUUGUCCUCUGUAUUCUGGGCUGAUGAGAUUUCAAAGCUUAACUACAAAGCUUUUGGCGAUGUCCUAGCGUUUGACGCAACUUACAGCACAAACAGGUACAAGAUGGUUUUUGUGCCAUUCACGGGUGUGGAUCAUCAUUUCCAAUGUGUUACAUUUGGAGCGGGUUUGAUAUCAACCGAGUCAAUUGAAUCUUACGUGUGGUUGCUUAAGGCUUUCUUGAAGGCACACGGUACUCAACCAACUCUCGUGCUGAGUGAUCAAGACCCAUCCAUGCUACAAGCUGUUCCUAUGGUCUUUACCGAAUCACGACACCGUCUAUGCAUGUGGCAUAUAAUGAAAAAACUACCCUCCAAGAUCUCUGCCGAUGUGCUCGAUAACACUGAUCUUCAGUCCUGCAUUCAUCGUUUGGUUUGGAAUGUUUAUAUCAAACCUGAAACGUUUGAGUCCCGCUGGAAUGACCUCCUACAAACAUUUGGGCUUCAAGACCACAACUGGUUGAACGACAUGUACAACAUCAAACAUCUCUGGGUACCAGCCUACUUUAGAGAACUGCCCAUGUGUUGCUUGAUGAAGACCACCUCCCGCUGCGAAAGCUCUAACGCUGCCUUCAAGGUUAACUCAACAAGCGCAAACACCCUUGUACAAUUUAUGAUGUGCUUUGAAAAUAGGGUAGACAGCCAACGAUAUCGUCAACGUGUUUCGGAGUUCAAAACCUCUUCCACAAUGUUCACUGGCAAUACUGAUUUAGCGAUAGAACAACACGCGUUCGCCAUUUACACAAACGCUGUUUUCGCCCAAGUUCAAAAAGAAAUAAUUAAAGGGAAGUUUUUAUGCUACAUCACAAACCAAAGCGAGACCAGCGAUUCCAGUCUUCUGAUAGACGUCACUCAUUUGGAUAAAAGGAACAACAUCACAAACGUCUAUCAGGUUACGUAUAACAAUGUGGAUCAAUCGGCCAGUUGCUCAUGCAGGAAUUUCACACGUAUCGGAUAUCUGUGUCGCCAUGUCUUUUGUGUCUAUCGCUUGAAAAAUGUUGAAAGGAUUCCACCACAAUACAUAAACGACAGGUGGCGCCGAGAUGCCCUCCCCUGUUAUUAA